AUGCGGCUGUGUCACGGUCUCGUCGGCUUGUCGUACCCGAGCUGGUGAGUUGAGGACGCCAGCGCUGUGGCAACGAAUUCGCCCAAGGAUGUGCGGAGCAUCGGGUAUGCGAUCUCUGAUUGACCUCUCCUGGACUGGGCUGGCAAAUCCCUGUGCUCCCUGUGCUUGCUGUGGGGCGUCGCGGAUAGAAGAGUGUGGGCCGUGUACGAUCGAUACUAGAGGUGCAGGAGAGGGAUGUGUCGUUACCAUGCUCGGGGCUCGACUGAGGUGCCGAGCCGGUCGGCGCCUGCAUGACAAGCCGUGGACAAGGACAUUCAUUAUUGCUGCACCAUGGAUGCGCGAACCGAAUUACGCAGGAAUUUGCUUUGGCGGUGGCUUGGACACAACUUUGGUGGCGUGCCGAAGGAAUCUAGCAGCGGGCCGCGGAGGAGCAUACGUAUGUCCCUCUCGGGUGGCAAACGCGCCGGAGCGGGCUCGACUCCCUUCUGACGAGUAGUUGGUAGCUAGGGACUAGGACACCUUGCUAGCUAAGGCCCGGACUAUUGGAGCUCGGGUUCGAUCUGAAGCGAGUGCUGAACGGCACGGUCGGCCAGGGGGACACCUACAGUUCUAAGUCCGAGUCGAGUAUCGGGACCGUUCUGCUCAGGCGAC